AUGACUGUGUUCAAUCUCAUAGGAUUUCCCUGAUCAAAAUAUAUACUAUCCGGCUAGGCUACGCGUGUGUGUUUCGUGUUUUUCGUGAUUGAUAAUACACAGGCAACAACUGGAGAUAAAGUGUGAAACAAUAUCAAUAUGGCUCUUCCUUUUCUACCGGGAAAUACCUUUACAGACCCAACGCAACGGAAGUUUCACAGAUCCCAAUCCCUCGGCUACAAAAAUGGAUAUGCCCUGCCCGCAAGGCCGGAGGUCGGCAUCGGAGGCGAACCAUUGGAAGUCAAUCAACUCACUCUUUCAGAAUUAGAUGAACUGAAUAACAAAAGACCAACACUGACAUAUGGACAAGCUAAGCAAGCACCACCAGAAGAUUUUAUCCCUGCACACGUAGCUUUUGAUAAAAAGGUACUGAAAUUCAACGCAUUCUACAAGCAGACCGUCCAUGAGUCACCCAGCGAAUACUACCGCGUCCGUCCCGUCAUCAUCUACUACUACCUGGAAGACGACAGCAUCUCGGUCAUCGAACCCCACAUAGAGAACAGUGGCAUGCCCCAGGGCAAGCUGAUCAAACGCAUGAGGUUGCCCAAGAACGACCAGGGCGACCACUGGCACUGGAAGGACCUCAAUCUUGACAUCCAGGUCACGUUCUACGGCAAGGUUUUCCAGAUCACAGACUGUGAUAAGUGGACAGCGGAAUACAUGGCAAUGGAAGGGAUUGAGCUGAAUCCCCCUGCGCCUACCCCUUCAGAUCCCCAUACAGAGUCUCGCAAGGAGAAGUCUGCCAUCGAGGCAUUCACCACACCCAGUACAUUCGACAAACUCAAGCAGUUCUUGGAACUCGAUCGGAAGGUUCUGCGUUUCUUCUGUGUUUGGGAUGAUAGAAGCAGCAUGUUUGGUGAGCAACGACCUUACAUCAUACAGUACUACCUUGUUGACGAUACAGUGGAGGUCAGAGAGGUCCACGAACCCAACGACGGCCGAGAUCCUUUCCCACUGUUCCUCAAGAAACAAAGAGUUCCAAAAGACCGUGACAAUGUUGACUCCUCUUUCCGUGCAGUGGUUAUGGAGCUUUCGAACCAUGAAAUCAAGAACUGGUACAGCCCUCCAGACUUUGGCAUUGGCAAGACGGUUUACAUCUACAACAGACCAUUCCUCAUCUACGAUGCCGAUGCUUUCACAAAGCAAUAUAUGGAACAGCUUGGUGUCUCUCAGUCAGGCCCUGUUCAGGUUUCUAUGGAAGCCAGAAAGCUCGCCAAGAUGGACUUGCCGCCUUACAAUGGCUUUGGUUCCUAUGAAGACUCCCUGCAGUCCUGCCUGUCUCUGGUUCCCCAGCCGCCCAAGAAAGACUUCAUCAAGAUGCUGGAGAACGAUCAUAAGAUCCUUCGAUUUGAAGCCGUCAUGGAUUCUGUGCGACCUGAGGACAAAGGUCGUCGGUUCAUCAUCAGUUAUCGUCUGGCAGAUGAUAUGAUCAAGAUCUUUGAGCCCCCUGUCCGUAACUCGGGAAUCAUCAGCGGUACAUUCCUUGAGAGAACGAGAGUGACCAAGCCUGGCUCAACACCUGAGAAUCCACUAUUCUAUGGCCCACAGGACCUGACCAUUGGCUCUUGUCUCGAGGUGUUUAGCCAUCGGUUCAUCAUAACCGAUGCUGAUGACUACGUACUUCACUACCUGGAGGCCCAUAAGCAAGACUUUCCAGGCUGUGACAAGACUAUCCAUAGCAUCCAAGCCACCAGGUCCAUGGGCCUGCCUUCCAAACCAGCGACGUUAGCAUCGCAGAAGGGCGCCCCCAUGACUGUCAAGAGAUCGCCAAACGACCUGAAACAGCUCUUAGCAGAGGUCAAGUCUCAACUCCGCAAGGACAACUACAUCAACUUCACCUCCUUGACGGAAGCCUUCUUACAGUACGACCGUGACCGUUCAGGAAACAUUGAUGUGAAUGAGCUCAAGGCCGCCUGCCACAAGCAGAAUCUACCCCUAGAUGAUGAUGUCAUGCAAGCGUUGAUUGAAGAGUGUGGUGACGAACAUGGUAGAAUCAGCCAUGCAGAAUUCAUGAAGUUCUUAACGUGGGACUAAGGAUAACAAGCAGUGACGGAAAAUGCGCCAGUCUCUGAUUUUGCCCCAAACCAGACAAGUCAAUCAAUUCUUGAAUCUGAACAAAAACCAGUUUUGACUGAUUGUUGCAAAUCUCAAACGGUUGAUCCGUAGGAGAAACACUUCAUAUUGUGGUAGCAGAAAAGCCAAAGCUGGAUUUCCCUGAAUCCCAUUCUAUAAUAUGUUUUUUCAAAUUCGUUGGCAAAGAGAAAAGUUGAAAUUGGAUUGAAAUGCUAUAAUGGGGAGCAAUUAAAAAACAAUAGCUGUGUAGACAACAAUGUAGACAUAGGAAGGAGGUGGUCUUACUUUAGCUGCAUGUUAUUAUGUACUACAUGAAUUCAUUUUCUUCUUGUGCAGUUUCAUUCCUUCCAAAAUUUAUCUGUGGAGCAUCUAGCACACAGCAACUGUUUUUCUUUGGAGCUGCCUAAAGCUCAUGAAUUUUAGAAUCUGCGUCUUAAUCAUCACACUAUGCAUCUGCACUGCUGACUAACAGUGUACAAUAUAUAUGCUGAAAUUGAAAAUGUGUUCUUUUACUGCAUGAAAUAAAAUCCGUCCUAUCACAGAUUGUGUCUUUGACGUAUUCUCAGUAGUUGUGUAGCAAUAAUUAUCUUCCCGUAUGAUGCAAUGUGAUAACUGACAACGUUGAAGUGUCAGAAUUAGACACUAUGCUAGCCUUGAUGAAUUCCAUCCAUUUUUAAUUCAUUACGUAUUUUUAUUUUCUAUUUGUGCUGUUUAUAAGAAAACUAUGCAUUGAAAUGCUUAAAUGCACCUUUGGGAUGGGAGGGGGGUUAGCCUAUUGCUGUUCACAUGCAUGAACAUGCAUGACCAUGUGAUUUCAAAACCUUGGGUUUUAUUUUAAUCUUCAGAUUAGUACUUUAUGGACAUGUUCCCUGCACAUGCUUCUUUGUUAAGUUACCCCCCCCCCCUUCCAAGAUGGAUCAACACGAAUCAACUUAUAUUGGAUCCUGGGCACUCUAGUUAUAUUUUGAAAGAGGUGUGCCUCGUGAAUCCCUGAAAUAUGAGUCUAAGUAUUCCCUUAAUGCAGCAAAGCAAAGGACACAAACUAACAGGCGUUAAGGGUCACACAAAAGUUGAGACUUUUUCUCUUUGGGGGUAAAGAUACCCAAAAUUCAGCAAAGCAACAGGCAAAAAAUACUCUCCUUUUUACCUUUUUAGUUGUAUGUAUGAACAGCAGUAGAGAUGAACCCCCACCCUUUACAAAUCAGAUUAUACAGUGUAACUUUAAUUCAAUAUACUGAAUGAACAUGAAAUACAUUGUAAUUCAGGUGGAUGUUUCAUAAAGCUGUUUGUAAGUUACAGUCGACUUUAACGAACGACGGGUGAUCUUUUCACAGGAACGUAAUG